UCCGGUAGCCACGAACUAUCGCCAUAUUGAAAUUGACAGGUUUACAGAAGGAACGUCAGUAACACAUCUGUGUAUUUCUAUGUAGCCGACCGUACGAUAAGAUGGCGGCCCAGACUCCAGUACCUGGAUGUACUCAUCAUCCAGGAAUGGGUUUUAUCUAUAUCUGUAAGACAUGUGACAAUGAGCUUCUCUGUAUGGACUGUGUUGUGAGCCGUCACAAUUCUCACGACAUAGGUAAACUUACUGAUUACGUGUCGGAACAAAAACAGCAAAUCCGGCAACAUGAGGAAAAGCUUUCUAAAACCGAUAUUCCGAACAUAAAGGGGAAGAUUAAGAAAAAUGAAGAAAACUUGAAGGAAAGCAGUAUAGGCUUAAGGAAAAUGACCGAGGAUAUCAAACGUCAAGGGGAGCAGAUAAAAACAGAGGCAGACAAUCUGGUUGACAAAUUAGUGACAAUAUGUAGAUAUUUGAUGAAGAUAAAUGCGGAUAUCACUGAGAAAAACACAGCCGCACUGACAAAACUUUUCGGAGAGAAACUGAAACCGCAACUAGAAAGGUGUCAUCAGGUAUUGACUUCAGGAUCAAAUGUAGACGUCAUUUCAGUAGCGCGGGAAACUCGCAGUACCUCAACUACACCGCCCGAUCUACGAGCUUUGAAGACGGCAGCCUUCAAACCCGGGGUCGUUUAUAACGACCUGCUGGAGCGGAUGUUGGGUACAGUACUAGUUGACGGAGAGAACGCGUUAUACAAACCUAUUCCAUCACACACAGUUGUAUCAAGUUUUAAAACACCAUUUCGGUAUGAUGAGUGCCGUACAUGUCGUUUAGGUGACGAGGCUUGGCUAUCAUACUGGGAAGAAGACAACAUACAUCGCGUAGAUCGAAAGGGUAACAUCAAAGAGAAAGUAGAGUGUAAAGUCAAAAUUCAUACCACUACCGUAUCUCCGACCACAGGGAGGAUAUGGUUUUGUGUGAGGGAAGACAAAAGUAUCCGGGAAGUCAUGUCCAAUGGAGCCGCAUCGACACGUUUUACCGUAGACACUGUUCUAGGGAGUUUGUGUGUCACACAGGAAGACAUGGUGGUGGUAGGAAUGGCAAAUAAAGGAAUAGUUAUGUUCACUAGUGACGGGCGGGAGGUGUCGGAUGGAGCGGGUGGUGUCUGUAGACAGGAGGCGGUAGUUCCCUGUCGCCUGACGUACUGUAGACAGACCGGGGAUAUAGCUGCUGUUGAUACUGACAAUGUAUCGUCUGUUGACUACAUGGCUGGUAAGGCACCAGGAAAACAACCCCGGGUCAUUGUGAUGGAUAAAAAUCUGAAACUGAAAUUUCAAUGCAAACAACUUGGUGAUAUUACAUCACAAGUAGGUGGAGGUCAGCAGUCCAAGUUCUACCCCGGGGAUGUUUGCUUUGACGGUACUGGAGAUGUUCUCGUAGUGGAGAGGGUAACCAAAUCAGUGGUGCUGAUUGACGGGAACAAUGGACACUUCCUCAGGACCGUAUAUAUCUCCAGUGGAAGUUCACCCUGGAGUGUCAGCCUUCAGGACGAUCAUACACUCUGGGUUGGUCACUGGGAUAAUACAAUGAAAAUAAUCAAAUACAAGUAGACAUCUGAACAGUUACCGGGUACAGUCACUGCAGCUUUAUACAACGUACUUACUGAUGUGUAAACACACGACUAUAUAACAUAAACUACAAACAUCCACAGUAUUUGCUGUCUUCUGAAAACUAGAUGUGACUAACCAUUUUAAAUUCCAUAUCUUGACAAAGAAACUCGUACAAUCAAUUUAUAUCCAGGACAUAUAACCAUGACCUAUAUGUGAUACCGACAUAUGAUCUAUAUAUCUGGGACCUAUAUGUGAUACCAACACAUGAUCUAUAUAUCAGGGACCUAUAUGUGAUACCAACACAUGAUCUAUAUAUCUGGGACCUGUAUGUGAUACCAACACGUGAUCUAUAUAU